AUGGGGCGAGGGAAAGUGGUGCUGAAGAGGAUAGAGAACAAGGUGAACCGGCAGGUGACUUUCUCGAAGCGGAGGAAUGGGUUGCUGAAGAAGGCCACCGAGCUCUCUGUUCUCUGCGACGCCGAGGUCGCUCUCAUCCUCUUCUCCAGCCGCGGCAAGCUCUCUGAGUUCGGCAGCUCUGGAGUCAACAAAACCCUUCUGCGAUACAGGCAAUGCAACUACAUCAACAACAGCACGCAAGGCGGGAACCCUUCUGCUCAUGCCGGAACACCAUUUCAGAACUUAUGCGUGGAGGUUGCCAAAUUGGACGAGAAAUGUGAAGCACUGCAACGUUCUCAUAGGCAUUUCCAAGGGGAGGAUAUUGAAACCCUGAGCGCGAAAGAGUUGCUCAAGAUCGAGAGGAAGCUGGACAGGGCUCUCUCCCGAGCUAGGCAAAAGAAGACACAAGUGCUGUUGCAAAAGCUGGAAGAACUGCGGAAAAUGGAGCAUGAUCUUGGUGAAGAGAAUAAACAGCUGCAGAUUGAGAUAAAGGAAAGGAAAUCCCUUCAAGUUGUUGAUGAAGGUGAUCAUCAUGGAGCAGUUGUUGGGCCUACCAGCAGGAAGAUUAAGAUGGCCAAAGACAAGCACAAAAUGGUACAACCAGCAACAGCAGCAUAUGCAGCAGCUCCCACCAGGUUUCAGCUGGCUCCGGUUGCUCCUGAUGAUAACGAAGCUGCUUGUGGUGGAUGCAACCAUAGGACCAUGCUUGGCGUCUUCAAUAUGAUGGAUGUAUAG